GUGAAGGUGCUCUGUAUAAAUGUCUGUUUUAUUUCCCAGAAUCCAACUGUGUGCAGAAUCGCCAGCUCUCCUGACGCUCGCCACGUAGCCGUACAGUGCGAACGGGUUUCGGCGGUUCAGUUUUUCACCGUGGAGCAGGAAGGGGAGGAGAAGCUCGUUCCACACAGCCGGCUCGCCCUGCCCCACUGUCCCCUGGACGUGACCUUUGACCCGGAGGGCCGACUCUGGGUGCUGAUGGACUCCAGUGAAGCGCCGCUCCGAGUCUACACGCACAGACGGGACUCCUGGGAGUGCACCGCUGAGAGCCCUGAACUCCACACAGUGACUGAAGCCUUCAGGCCGCACUGGGAGACACUCGAGACCUCGGCGAGGACCAGCAGCCGCUUCGAGCACCUGCACAAGGUGACCUUCGACAACGUGACGGCGUACCUGCAGAAGAAGCAGCAGCGGCUUGAGGAGCAGCAGCUGAAGAGGACGAAGGCGCCGAAAGCAAACGGCAACAAGAAGGCGAGGAAGGAGACGGCCGAGACCCCCGCGUCCACCUGAGCCGGCCCCUCACACAGAGCUCGAUUAUUGAUUAUUGAUUAUUAUUAUUUUCUUUAUUGGACGAUGGAUCUGAGUUGAACGUGAUUUGAUUUAUUUGAUUUUUAAAAAUAAACACAGCAGCUGAA